UAGGAAAAUAUGCCAUAACUUGGUGGCUUUCUCAUUUUAGGUGGAAUUAUGAAUUCUUAAGUCUUAGGGAGAGAGCGGGGUUUAUGGAACUUCUCUUUGCAAUUGCAUAAAGUAACCGUUUCCUAACGAACGCUUUCCUUCCAUUGCAGAGAACGAUGGCGGCUUUGCUCCUUAGGUAUCUCGUGCUUGGAUUCACUAUCGUAGGAGGCGCAGGCAAGGAGAUGCGCCCUCCGAUGCUCCAGCGCCCCGGCGUCCUCAUGGGUCCUUCGCCUAGAACCACGAGUACCACCGCCACCUCUUCCUCUUCCUCUUCUUCUUCUUCUUUCUCUUCUUCGUCCUCCAUCUUGUCUCCAUCCUCCUCCUCCUACGUCCCUCCCGCCCCCGGCCCGCUCUCGCCUGCGUCGUUCGUGGAGACUCCCGAGCGCCUGCAGCCCCAUUCCCGCGCUCAGGAAGAGGAAGACGAUUAUUUGUAUGAGGAUUACGAGGAAGGCGACGGAGAGUACGAGGACGAGAAGGAAGAGGAAGUGAAGAUUAAGGUGCGGGAACCGUUCUUUGGCACAGCGAACAGCACCACGACCACGGUGUUCCUCGGCGCCACGGCCACCCUCGACUGCACCGUGCAUGACAUCGCCAACGAGUCGGUUACAUGGAUGAGACGUGUUGAUGACAUGCUGGAGCUGCUCACGUGGGACACCCACACCUACGCCAAAGACAAAAGGUACUCCGUCGUGUCGGACGGCGGGGCCGGCUGGAGGCGGUGGAGGCUCCUGAUCAACGGGUCGCAGGUGGAGGACCAGGGCCAGUACCGCUGCCAGGUGGCCACGCAGCCGCCCAAGAUCCUGGCCGUCACCCUCGUUGUCACAGAGCCGCAGGUGCAAGUGGUGGACGAGCGCGGCACGAAGGUCGUGGACAAGCACUACAACAGCGGGAGUAUGAUCGAGCUCAAGUGCGUGAUCGAGAAAGUGCCCUUCCCGCACCUCACGGUCAACUGGCUCCGCGGAUCCACCGUCCUCUCCUUCAACACGUCUCGGGGAGGAAUCAGCGUGAAGGGCGAUGCUGCCUCGGGCUACAUCAGGAGCCGCCUGUACGUGGCCGACGCCUCCCCGGCCGACUCCGGACUGUACUCCUGCUGGUACGGGAACUACACCAGCGACACAGUCUCCGUCCAUGUCAUAGCCGGCGAGAACUCGGCAGCAAUGCAGCACGACGCUCUUCCUGACGGAGCCACAACGAGCGGCGCGUCAUCACCUCACUGCCCAGGCCACCUGUACCAGCUGCUCAUCCCCGUGCUUUCCAGCUGGUCCUUGCCUAAUGUUAUCGCCGUGUUUAUUACGUGGCUGUAUUCUUCUCAGUCAUUCUGGAUCAGUAAGAUAAUCGGGGCAACGAGAUGAUAGGUUAAGCCAAACAUCAUGUUAGAGAGGCUUAUUUUGUACUCAGCCCCCGUAUCUAUUUGCGUUGCUGGCCUGUGUUGCUGUGUGCACUUCUUUUGUGCCUGGGACGCAUGUACUUGCGGUUGUGCGUGCGUGCGUGCCUAUGUGUGGAUGUGAGUAUGUCUGUGCGCGAUGUUGUGUGUGAGUAAAAUUUAGCUGCGUGAUUGUGUUUCUGAAUGACUUCCGCACACCAGAUCUAGUGAUCUAUUUUGUGUACCUCAGCUGGUUGUUAAGACUGUACGUUGUGAUAUAUAAACAUAAAUAUAUAAAACCUGAUUGUUGUGUUAGUUGUAGGCAUAUUUAAGUUAUAUGUAUGUUUUCUGAGGCAACAUAUCGCCUAGCCAGUGGAAUAUAUUUCCUCAUCUUGUUGAGAAAGAUGAAAGAGAGGGAGGUAUAUUGUGCAACUGAAUAUCAAAAAUGUAGAACAUCAUGUAAUCAUGCACUGCUACUUACCCAGUAAUAUACAAAAGUCGGCAAGUAUUUAUAAAGGAAACCGCACCGUUAAACUAAUAGCAAAUGUCUUAUAUUUGUGUUUCAGGAUUAUAAUUUCUUCUGUUCUUUUCUUUUCCUUCACCAUGUGUAUCAGGAUUUUUUUUUUACAAGAGUAAGGAAACCGACCUUUUACUAAGGAAAAGCCGAUGUAGUCACGUGUAAUUUUGCAUUCCCUUCUUGAAGAUAAAGCCACGAAUGCACUGCUAUCUUCGCUCAUAUUGAAACAAGCAUGGUAAUGGAAUGGAUGGUAUACAUUGCACUCAGGCAUCUCAAGCUAGUGUUCGCAUACAUUUUCGUAAAGGACCAUGGAGGAGGAACAGCCUUAGCCUGUCGUGGGUUGAAGACAGGCUGCGACUACGACCAUUAUCGAGCUACUUUCAAGCACAUGAUUCUUUUACAUAAUAAAUGCUCACGACUGAGACAUCAGUGUGUAAAAAAAAAAAAAAAACAAUAAAUGGAGAAAUGAUAUAACUCUAUAUCUCUAUGAAUUUAAAAAAGUAUAAUGCUGCCAUGUUUUGUAAGUAACCAAUGUGAAUUUUACCGUGUAUCCACUGUAAGGAAAUAAAACAAAAACAAAACU